AUGACUGGCUGUGGAAAUGUAGGCUUCAUCAUUCCUCGAGAAUCUGGAGGUUACAUUGUAUCGUAUUUUGCCCAAAUUGCUGAGUUUGAUUGGGAGAGUCGACAGGUGAAACCAUUUAUCACAGUAGAAUCAGAUAAACCUGGGAAUAGAUUCAACGAUGGUAAAUGUGACAGUUAUGGCAGACUGUGGACAGGUACAACCGCAGAAUACAAGGGUAUAUUAGAGGUGACUGAAGUUGGACGUUUGUAUAAAAUCGAUAAAGAUCUAUCAAUCCAUGCCAUUGAAGAUAAAAUCAAUAUAUCUAAUGGUAUGGCAUGGACAUCAGAUGACAAAACCAUGUUCUACAACCAUUCUCUUCCUAGAAAAGUAUUUUCCUAUGACUAUGACAUAACUACAGGGGAAAUCUCCAGAAAACAAGUGGUUUUUGAUUUUGAAGGUAAAGAAUUUCUCAAAUCUGGAAUACCAGAUGGAAUGACAAUUGAUGUGAAUGACAAGAUAUGGCUGGCUUGCUUCUCCAGUAGCCAAAUACUCCAGAUUGACCCAGAAACAGGCAAAAUUCUCAAAUCAAUCAAGUUUCCUGUCAGUCAAAUCACUUCCUGUUGUUUUGGAGGCCCAAACUAUGACGAACUUUAUGUGACAUCGAGUGUUGAUGAGUUAACAGAAAAACAGUUGCAAAAUGAAGAGAAACUUGCUGGAAGUGUGUUCAAGGUUACCGAGUUAGGGGCUAAAGGUAAAGCAGCUCCCAUCUUUCAGGGAUAGUCUACAACAUUGUCAAGAUAUAUGGUGAUUUAAAGAUUACAGGUAUCAUAAUUAUGUUAUGUGAGACAAAGAAAUAAAACAAAAGUAAAUUUGAGA